CCUAGUUAAUUGAUUUUCUUCUUAAUUUGUAUUCUUUUGUUUACAAUUAAAUUAGAUUAUUUUGUAUUUUAUCAAAAUGGCUCCGGUUGUUAAUGUCGCGGUGAAAGAUAAAGAAAAAGAGAAACCAAAGAAACCCGGUGAAAGAAGGACCGAAUUAAUUUGUCGAGUUAAAUUCAACAAUACACUACCUGUUCCAUAUGAUCCAAAAUUUAUCACAUAUCCAUUUGAUCCUAAUCGUUUCUCUCAAUAUAAACCAACCUCAUUGGAAAAAAAUCACAAACAUGAUUUGUUAACUGAACAUGAUUUAGGUGUUAAUAUUGACUUAAUUGAUCCUGAUAUUUAUGCGAUCCCGCCUGAUUAUGCUCUAUCGGGUGGUGUUAUACCUUUACCUUUAGAAGAUGAAAAGCUUUUGGAGGAAGAAACUGUUCCCAUGUCCGAUCAAAAGCGUUCAAGGCAUCACAAUAAGGUUGUUCCUUGGCUUAAAAAGACCGAAUAUAUUUCCACUGAAUUCAACAGAUAUGGAGCUUCAAGUGAAAAAACCGAGACCAAGGUUGGAUACAAUGUUAAAAAAUUAUGGAAAGAUGAGAAUCCUUAUAUGGACAAAGAGUGUCAAAUUCGUGCUAUCAACAAGACAUUUGAAGAUGUUAAAAAACCGAUUACUGAACAUCACAGUAAACGAGGUGUUACUCCUGUUGAAGUUCAAGAAGUUUUUCCAGACUUUUCCUUAUGGAAAUAUCCUUUUGCUCAAGUACAAUUUGAUGCCGAUCCUGCACCAAUGUCUCAGGUUGAAGAGAUGGGCCAAGCCAUGAUUAGAGGUGUUAUGGAUGAAAGUGGUGAACAGUUCGUUGCCUAUUUCUUACCAACCAAAGAUACUUUAGAGAAAAGGAAAAGAGACAAAGAAAAUGGAGUCGAAUACGUUGAUGAAGAGGAAUACGAAUAUGACAUGGCCAGAGAAUAUAAUUGGAACGUUAAAAGUAAAUCAUCUAAAGGUUAUGAAGAAAAUUACUUUUUCGUAUUCCGUGAUGAUGGUGUUUUUUAUAAUGAAUUAGAGACAAGAGUUCGUCUCAGUAAACGUAGAUCUAAACCCGAAUCUCGUGCUGCUAACUCUAAAUUAGUUGUCAAGCAUCGACCUCUCAGUGAUGCCGAAUUUAAAACACAAGAGAUCAGACUUCGAUUGUUACAACCACCACAAGAAGAUGAAGAGGAAGAACAAGAAGAAGAAGAAGAAAAGGAAGAUGAACGUAUGGAAAGUGACCAAGAAUCCAAGAAAGAGAAAGAUGAUGCCGAAGAAGAAGAAGAAGAAGCUGAAGACCGAGAUGGAAUUGAAGAAGAAGAAGAGGAAGAGGAGGAAGAAGAAAGUGAUGAUGAACCAAAACAAGAACGGAAAAAGUCACAGAAAAAAUCUUCAUCAAGUUCAAGUGGAUCUUCAAGUUCAUCGGGAUCUGCAAGUGAAAGUGAAGAUGAAGCCGAAAGAAAAGCAGCUCGAGAUAAAGCAGCAAUUUUCGGCAGUGAUGACGACGAUAGCGAAUAAAUCGAACCAUUAUUUAUAUAAAUUACAAUUCGUUGUAAAUAACUAACCAGCAAACAAAAUCAACAAACCAUCAACUCCAUGAGAAAACAAAAAAUUAAGGUUACAAGUCUCAAAUUGAUCAACAAAUUCACUCAAUACCAAAAUUGAAUCAAUUGUCUUAAACCAUCAAAAAAAUCAUCUCAUCAAAUUUACCACAGACUAACAACUGUCAAUAAAUUUUACAAAUUUUUCUUUGAUAUUCCAACUAAAAAAAACCAACAAGAGUCAAAUUAAAUAAUAACAAUAUCAAAACAUACAUUAAACUAUUCCUCUUAAUUGUCAGAAUAAAUUUAAUUUACUCAAUGAA